AUGAACCAAAUUCAAUUUAAUGUAGAAUUGAAUUCUCUCUUUCAAAUUAUUCAAAAUUAUCUAAUUAAUAAGAAUAUAUUCUAUGAAUCUAUAAAUCUAAAAUCACAAAGAAAUCAAUCUUUUUUAUAUUUUCGAAAAUCACUUGAUGAAAAACCAUUAAAUAAUAACAACAAUAACAAUAAUAACAAUAAUAACAAUCAUAACAAUCAUAACAAUCAUAACAUUCAAAUCAUAUUGGAAUUCACAAUAUCUUUUCAUAAAUCUUAUCAAGUCCCUGUUUUUUAUUUUAAAUUCCUUAAAAAAUUCCUUGAUAACGACUAUGAAAAUAUAAAACCUAUAUGGGAUUUAGAUAAAAUCUCAAACCAUUUGCACAAUUUAAAUUACCUAAGUGAUUUAAAUAGUAAUAACUUUAAUAUAACUAAUCAUAACAUUCUAACUGACGAGCAUUGGUUCUUUAUUCAUCCAUGUAUGACAAACGAAUUGAUUAAUACUUUCAACUCAAAUUGUUUAAUUAAUUGGUUUCAGAUUUAUGGCCCUUUAUUUGGCUUUAAUUUACUUUUAUCUGAUAUUAAUCCGUAUCUUUAUUAA